GUGACGGGAGAACAGGAGUGAGGCAUGCAGCAGCCACUCACUCACUCAUUUAGUCAAUUGUUCUCCCUAUAGCUUACUGCCGUAUUAACACUCCAGGGAUUUGUACCAUAAUUCUGUGAGGCGCAAUUCUCUAGGAAAGUAAGCUUUCUUUUUUUGAAGACAUUCCUGGUUCAUUUAAUAAGGAAGAUUCAAAUUAGCUUCUUGUAAUUUUUUGCUUCUUGUGGUAUAUUGUGAUCCUGUUAUAAUCAUACAUUGGCUGCAGUUGUAUGAGUACUGGAUCUGUUGGGAUUGCCUUCCUGUUGUGCUGUUGCUGUCAAAGUUAAAAGAAAUUUGCUUCUUCCAACGAAAUUUGACUGUAGUGGAGCUGAAAAAGGGGAAGAACUUCAGAAGAUGUUCUGACUUGGAAGACAGAGCAAACUCCUAUUGUGAAGCGGUGUCUUCUCUAUUGCCAAGAGAGAGAAGUCUUGGAUAUUCAGGAAGAGUUGGAUUGGGACAACAGAACAAGGUGUUGGAUUUGAGGGUUGUCUAUUCUUGGACAAACCCAGAAAAACAUAUUUAUUUCUCCAAAGAGGCACAAAGAAGUGUUGGGAAAGAAUCUUUAACAGUUUAACAACAUGGCUGGGAAUUAUGGAUGCUUCAAGAGAAGAAACAGUGACAGCUCUGCCAUGGCGUCAGGACCUCCAGACGGGAUGGCCAAUGAGGAGCCUGCUGAGGUCGCAGAGGAGUGCUCAGGAAAGAAGAAGUCCAAGUUCCAGACAUUUAAAAAAUUCUUUGCCAGGAAGAAGAGAAAGGAGCAGCCAGCAGCAGGAGCAGAUACUGGGCUCAAAGCCAGCCAAUCAACAGACAAUGUCGGCAAAACUUCAGAAAAUAACACCCUCACUCGAUCGGAGAAAGAGAAAGGAUCUGGGUCAAAGAUCAGCCUGGGCAGCAAGGCCUUGUCCCAUGACUCUGUCUUUGUUUCGGACUUGUCAGAGGCCAACGACGCUCUUGGGGCAUCUCAGGACAGCAUCCAUGGGAAAGUGAAAUCACUACAGCUCCAGCUGAAACAGGCCAUCAGACUGGGCUCUCCUCCGUCCCUCAUGUGUGUGAAGAGAGCGGACGAUGCUGGAACCAUGUCUGAGGACGAUGGCCUGCCCUGUAGUCCCCCUGAAUACAACGCGCUUCACACAAUCAUGAAUAAGGCUCAGAGGAACAGCCGCAUGAGUCUGGAGGGAGAAGACAGUGACGAUGACCAGCAGUCCUGUUCGGCCUCCAGCCAAGCGAUGAGUCCUCUGGUGGUCCCGGGGGACUUCAGCCAGCCGGCCAGCCCCUUCGGCUGUCUGGAUAACUCUGCUGCCAAACACAAGCUGGGCCUGAGACUCAAAACCGGCAACAGGAGGAAAAACAUCUCUAGGCUGGAGUUGAAAGCAGAGGGAGACUCUGUGUUGGAUGGGACACUGAACGCCUCCAUAACAGCAGCUUCAGAGGAGCAAGAACCAGAGAAUCCAGCAGAAGAGAGGGAGGAAAAAGAAGAGGAAGAGGAGGAGCAGCCACAGCAUUCCAGACGCUCCCUGCUGAGCGAUGAGGAGGAGGACGAGUGUGAAGCAGAACAGGAAGUUUCUCACGGCCCGGACUCUUCCUCUCUUACGGAGCCGAGACUCCCAGAGGAGGAAUCCCUGGACACCAGGCCCCUGCCCUCCUCCAAGCCUGGCUCCAGGGCCUCCUCUCCGGACAGUCCCGGAGCCACACCGGAGCCCCCUGCUGGUCCCAAAGAUUAUCUGCCCGACCCUCUGUGCAUCACCUAUGGAGCAGAGGAGGUCGAGGGUGACUUGAGUGGAGAAGAAGAUGGAAUCCAGGAGAACAGGGAUGAGGAGGAGGAGGAGGAGGAGGAGGAGGAGGAGGAGGAGGAGGAGGAGGAAAGCUCCUUCUUGCAGGAAGUCCUGAGCUCCCUGAAGACUGAGGGGGUCGACCUGGAGAUAAAGGAGGAGGUGAAGGACAGAGAAGCCCUCGAGAUGGAAAGAGAGGAGGUGAAGGAAGAAGAGGCAAAGGUGGAGCAGCCUGUUGGUUAUCAGGCUGCUCCUCUUCACUCCAUCCUGUCAGCUCAGUCAACACAGGAAGAGGAAGAGGAAGAAGUUUCAACUUUAAGCACUGCCUCUUGUCAAGAUACAAUGGAAGUUAAGGAAGAAGCAGCCAUAGAGGAAGAAGGGCUAUUGGUGGAAGAAGUCAGUCAGUACUGCCGAGAAGAGGAAGAAGAGAAAGAGGACGCAGAAGAAGUCGAACCCGAGGAACAAAAUGAUACAGGAAACUCCGUCAACCAGGCAGAGGAAGAGGGAAGAGUGGAGGAAGCAGAGAGUGAGGAAGCGGAGGAAGAGGCCAUAGAGCUGGAGAAAGAGCCAGAGGUGGAAGAGGAGGGCUGGGAGAAGAGGGAGGAGGAAGAGGUGAAGGAAGCAGAGGAGAGAGUAGAGGAAGCAGAGGAAGCAUUAGAGGACGAGGGGGACGAUGCAGAAGAGAUAAUGGAGGCGUUCCCUGAUGCAGCUAAUGAUGACAUACAGGUGCAGGAGGAAGAUGAGGGUGUAGAUGUUGUGGUUAGAGAUGAUGGUGAAACGAUGGAUUAUCAGGUGCAUGAAAUUCAGGUAGUUUCUGAUCAAAGCAAAGAUGAGGAGAUGGAAGAUGGAGAAGAGAGGAUGGAGGAAGUCGUAGAGGUCAACAUAGAAAAAUCCAAGCAAGAGGAAGAUGGUGAAGCAGAUCAAAGUAAGCAAAAUCUGCAGCAGGAAGGUGGAGAAACACCACAGUUAGACAUGGAGCAAGUGGAAAAAGAAGAAGAAGUUUCUGUCAAGCCUUCUUCUUUAUUUCUCCCUGAGUCACACCACGAGCCUGCGUCACCAGAGAGUGGAAGCCUCUCUCCCAGCAAGACCACCACCAUCCACAUAAAUCUACUCUCUCCGAGCUCAGAGAAGGCACCAUCUUUCUUCCCACAGUCCCCACCUGACACACAGCCGACAGAAAGUGAGACACCUCACAAAAUGGAGGAGCAGAACCCAGAAAAAGAAGAAGAAGAAGCAGCUGAUAAUGUGGAAACAGUAGAAGAAGAGAAACAGUCGGCUUCGGAGGAAGAAGCUACACUUCCUUUCUCUGUGGAGGAAGAGGUCAACCGGGUGUCCAGCCCAACCCGCUUCACCAUCACCCCCGCAUGGCAGAGGUCGCUGUCUUUCGGCGACGCAGAGGAGAGUUCGACACCUCCUUCCUCCCAAGCCACCUGCGCCAUCUCCUCAUCGUCCGCAGUCACAGGGCAGGGAGAAGUGGAGGUGGAGGCUAGUAAAGGGAAAGCAGAGCCUGCAAGUCCGGCGAAGGUUGACGUGGUGUUGAGCCCGGGAAGAGCGAGGACUGCAGGAACCCCCACCACCGCAGGGACCCCCACCCCACUGUCUCCAUCAUCCAGUCAUCCGCAGACCCCACCUGCUGCAAGCACAGAAGAAAGCUCGGUGGUGGUAGAGGGAAACCCCGACAAUCCAUUUGGAGUUCGGCUGAGGAAGACGUCGGCUCUGCCUCGCUUCAGCUCGGAGGAGGAAAACACAGAGCCUUCCAUGGAGCCUCCAGCUCAGCCAACCAGCUGUAGAGUUGACUCUCCGCAGCCAAUCAGUGUUAAGCCCUCCAUAAAUCAGCCUGUCAUCAACAAGCCCGCCCUCCCUAAGAAACCAGACGUAGACAGUGGAGUGAAAAACAAGCGCAUGACAGAUCCAGCUCCAGCUCGAGGUGUUUCUGCUGGAUCUGGCUCUCCCAGCUGGAUUUCGUUGGCCAAACAGAAACAGAAGAUCUACAAAGAAAGCUCCCUUGAUGAGGUCUCUGUCAGGAAGGAGGAACCGGAGAGGAAGAGUUCACUGCCAGUGAAUGUCAGCUCAGUGGCAAGCCACAAAACAGUGAGUGCAUUGGAGAUCAGUAAGCCUGCAGCAUCUGCAGAGAAGGAGGCCAGGAGGACUCUCUCUCCUCCCACUCCGGUCCCCCCUCAGCCUCCUAAACCCCAGCUCCCCCCUGCCACCACCAAACCUGCCCCCAUACCUCACUCUCCCCAAAGAUCUCUGUCCUCGUCUACUCCCACUCCUGUUCCCCAAAAAGUUCCCCCUUGCACAUCCCCCUCCAAACCUUCCACCUCAUCCAAGACACUUACUUCCCCACCUUUUUCCACAAAAAUCCCAGAAAAGUCCAAAGCUCCGGGGCUCCCCGGCCAGACCCCAGCCUCCCAGCGGGGCCAGCCCACCACUGCCCUGCCCCAGGAUGAGCCACCCUGGAUGGCGCUGGCCAAGAAGAAGGCCAAAGCCUGGAGCGAGAUGCCCCAGAUCGUCCAGUGAUGGAAACAGGGUCCACAGAGUCUAGAUGGACAUUUGCACACAGUUGUUGUUGUUGUUGUAUUUCUCACUUACUGGUUUCUAUCCUGGUUUCUGAUUGGUGCAAACCCUCCAAUCAGUGCUGAAGAGAGGCUCAAUGUAACUCCUUCUUCCUUAAUUAAUGUUGUACAUUCAUGUUUCUAAACGACAGACCCCAAAUGCGUAGAUAAAUAUUUUUUCCAACAGUCUAAGUAUGUUAAAAUGUGCCUAAAUGAAAGGAAAUAUCUGCAACAGAUGUACAAAUAUUAACUUUUAUCCAAAAUAACUCACUCGAUAUCACUUAACAGUUCAGGGAUGACAAAAUUAUUUUAUAAAGAGGAUGCUUUUUCAACAGGAAGUGAUGAUAAAGAGACAUAAAUCUUUCUGUCAUUCUUAGUGUGUGUGUGUGUGUGUGUGUGUGUGUGUGUGUGUGUGUGUGUGUGUGUGUGUGUGUGUGUGUGUGUGUGUGUGUGUGUGUGUGUGUGUGUGUGUGUGUGUGUGUGUAUUUUAAGGCAGCGAUAUAUUCUCUCACAUGAGGAAUGUGGAAAAUAUUGUGACCAGAGCAUAAAAUGGGAUAACAUGUAAGCUAAGCUGGAGAAGAAUUUGCUGAACGUACAGGUCACGAGUUUUGGUCAAAUUAGCUGAGUCAUGAUUCCUACAAUCUGCUGUCUGUGCAUCAGGUUAUCCUGACACUCAGCUAAUGUCUGUUGUGUUAGCAUGUGCUGAGUGUGUCCGACAUGAUGCAGGUUGUUUCAUGUAUAUUGUAUCUUUUGAUCUUUUGAAUACCUACACAGUGUCUGUCGGUGUCAUACAGAAAUCUACAAAAAGUAAUCGAACAGGAAUCUAGAAAAAAUGAUCAUAUUGUUUUUCACGUUUUAAUACUUACCUGUGCAUCAUGUUGACAGCGUGUUGUGAGUGCUUAAGAUACAUUUUCCAAUAAGAAUUAAAAAACAUGUAAAUUAACAGAAAUCAUUAGACUGCGGAUUGAUGAUAACAACAGGUUAGCAUGAUGCAAAGCAUCACUAAAGGAGUAGAAAUCUAAUCACAGUGACUAUACAUGUUUAUUGCAUUUUGUUUUAUUUCGUUUUGCCUUUGGAGAAUUUGUCUUGUACAUAAAAUGUGCAGUAAAGAACAAAUGAAAUCAGUGUUUCUGCUUGUCAUGUUUCUGCAGUGGAGUUAUAAAGGAAAUGGGUUUUUCUUACGGCAACACAAUCCAGCCAUCUGGGUUUGAAAUGUAAUACUUAACUACUGUGUCGAACACUCAAAAGAAAGCAUGCAUGUAUUUUAUGUCUCUAAUUAAAGCAUUUUUAUUUUUUA